GGAAAACGUCAAUCUAUUGGUUUUGUUCUUGUUAUGGUUUUAAAAAGUAGGUUUUGUAGACGAUAAUUAUAUUUUUCUUAUAAGAAGAGCCUCAGAAGAUGUCUUCGGAGUUGGAUAAUUGGAUAGACAUAGCUCAGCAAUGCAAAUAUCUGCCUGAAAACGAUCUAAAAAAAUUAUGUGAUAUUGUAUGCAGUAUUUUAUUAGAAGAAUCUAACGUUCAACCUGUUUCUACUCCAGUUACCGUAUGCGGCGAUAUUCACGGACAAUUUUACGACUUGGAAGAAUUGUUUAGACAAGGUGGACAAGUACCAGACACAAACUAUAUCUUUCUGGGGGACUUCGUAGAUAGGGGCUACUACAGUUUGGAAACGUUCACGAGACUUCUCACGCUCAAAGCCAAGUAUCCAAAUAAAAUAACUCUUCUCAGAGGCAACCAUGAAAGUCGUCAAAUAACCCAAGUGUAUGGAUUCUAUGACGAAUGUAUGACCAAAUAUGGAAAUGUUAACGCUUGGAAGUAUUGCUGCAGCGUUUUUGAUCUGCUGACUGUUGCUGCUAUUAUAGAUGAAAAAAUAUUUUGUGUUCAUGGUGGUCUAAGUCCUGAUAUAAAAACCUUAGACCAAAUUCGGUUGCUUGAAAGGAAUCAAGAAAUACCACAUAAAGGAGCAUUCUGUGAUUUGGUAUGGUCAGAUCCUGAAGAGGGAGAUACUUGGGCUACGAGUCCUAGAGGAGCUGGAUAUCUGUUCGGAUCUAAAGUGACACAUGAUUUCCUUAGAAUCAACGCAUUAUCAUUGAUAUGUAGGGCACAUCAACUGGUCCAUGAAGGUGAAUACUUACAUUUUUUCUAGGGAAGCAGCAAGUACUAUGUUUAUACCUCUCACAUUUUACCGAUUACCCGCUUUUGACGAGUAUUAAAAAACUAGGCAACAUAAAAAAAAAUAGUAGCUAUUGGUCAAACUUUUCCAUUUGUAACUGUACUCUAUGUAUUGCUUACAAGAAAGUCGAUUGAACUGUAUUAAAUUUACCUAGUAAGGAUCUCGACCAAGAACAUGACACCAACACCUUUCUAAAAUACUUUUUUUAAUAUAACAAUUUUCUGAGUAUAAGAACUAAAAUCGGCACAUUUUUCUGCAAAUCAGGCAAACACCACCCCCCAUUUCUCAGAAACUAAUCAUACGAUUGUUUUGGUCCCAUCACAACUUUUGUUCAGGAAGACGCAAAAAAUAUCCCACUAAAUUUUUAGACACAUCGAUUGUAACCUAUUUUCCAUAUGCUUUGUGCAGGGUCC